AUGGCCCUAUAUAAGCUCAUCUCACCAAAGGCAUUCGCUGAACUGUUGCAAAAGGAGACAGCACGCAGAGUGAUCCCUGUUGAUUCGACCUGGUACCUUCCUGCGUGGAACAGAGAUAGCAAGAAGGAGUUUCUAGAGGCAGAACGUAUCCCAAACGCUGUCUAUUUCGAUAUCGAUGCAAUCAAGGAUACAAAGUCCCCUUAUCCUCAUAUGGCCCCUGACCUGCCCACUUUCAACAAUGCAAUGAGUCAAUUGGGUCUCAGAAGAGACGAUAUAUUGGUCGUGUACGAUACCAUUGGCAACUUCAGUGCCCCAAGGUGCGCUUGGACUCUAACGAUGUUUGGCCAUGAACCUGUAUACCUGUUGAACAACUAUCCAAUUUACAAGCAAGCAGGAUAUCCACUCGAAACCACUCGAAAGGAAUCGUUUACCCCCUACAGCCAGACCGAGUACAACUCAGCCACCAACCUCUGCCCUGAGAAUACAGUGGGAUAUGACGAGAUACUGGAGCUUGUCAAGAGAAAUGAACUAUCGAAGAAGUACAACGUAUUUGACGCCAGAUCUCUGGCACGCUUCGAGGGUCGUGCUCCGGAGCCCAGGCCAGGCUUGCCCUCUGGCCACAUUCCAGGUACCCAGCCUCUUCCAUACACCGAAGUUCUGGACCCUGAAACCAAGGCAUAUCCUUCGGACCCUGCUGACAUGGAAGCAAAGCUUCAUGCAGCAUUCAAAAGGUUGAAUGACACCUUCGACUCUACGAAGCCUACAAUUGCCAUGUGCGGAACCGGCGUGUCCGGAUGCAUUAUCAAGAAAGCGCUUGAACUCGCUGGUGUCAAGAACGUUAAGCUUUAUGACGGGUCCUGGACCGAAUGGGCUCUAAGAUCCACCGAUCCGCAGUGGUUAGCGAAAGGCAGAGAUUAG